AUGGGGAGCGCGGCGCCGGGGGGCGGCCCGCGGGUGCUGCGGGCACUCACCGGGUGCCUGCUGGGCGCCCUGGUGCUGAGCACGCUGCUGGGCAAUGCCCUGGUGUGUCUGGCCGUCCUGCGCUUCCGCCACCUGCGCAACAAGGUCACCAACUGGUUCGUGCUGUCACURGCCAUCUCGGACCUCUGCGUGGCCCUCCUGGUGAUGCCCUGGAAGGCGGUYACUGAGGUGGCUGGAGGCUCCUGGCUCUUUGGCAGCCACUUUUGUGACACCUGGGUGGCCUUUGAUAUCAUGUGCUCCACCGCCUCCAUCCUCCACCUCUGCAUCAUCAGCCUGGACCGGUACUGGGCCAUCGCCAGCCCCUUUCGCUACGAGCGCAGGAUGACRCAGCGCCUCGCUUGUGCCAUGAUCGCCAUGGCCUGGGCUCUCUCCAUCCUCAUCUCCUUCAUCCCAGUGCAGCUACACUGGCACAAAGCCAAGGACARUGGAGACCCAGGUUCCUGGCUACCUGGGACACCCCGCUGCGAGGUCAGAUUGAACCGCACUUAUGCCAUCACCUCUUCUCUUAUCAGCUUCUAUAUCCCCGUGGCCAUAAUGAUCAUCACCUACACCAGGAUCUACAGAAUUGCCCAGGCCCAGAUCCGCCGUAUCUCCACCCUGGAGAGAGCAGGGGGACAGUGGCCAGCUCAUGGCAAGGAGCCCCCCUCCUCUUUGCGGAGUUCCUUGCACAAGGAGACCAAGGUGCUGCAGACACUUUCUGUCAUAAUGGGAGUCUUUGUCUGCUGCUGGUUGCCCUUCUUCCUGSUCAACUGUCUGCUGCCCUUCUGCCAGCCCAGCCUCGAGAAAGACCCUGAGGGACAGUCAGCCUGUGUUGGCCAAACCACCUUCAAUGUCUUUGUGUGGUUUGGCUGGGCCAACUCUUCAGUGAAUCCAGUGAUCUAUGCUUUCAAUGCAGACUUCAGGAGGGCUUUCAGCAACCUCUUGGGCUGCCGGAGCUGCUGUGGCACACCCAAAUCCCCUGUGGAGAGGGUGAAUGUCACCAAUGAGCUGGUUUCCUAUCACCGUGAUACCACAUGCCAGAAGGAAGGAGCUGUCUCAUUGUCAGCACCUCCCGCUGCCAUCACUGCCUGGGUGCAGCCCAUGCCCCGUGCCACCAGCCUCCAGGGAGAGGACAGCAGUGAGGAGAUGUCUAUGGAGAAGAGGGUUGUGACUUCUCAGACCCAGACUGCCCCUGGCAGCAGCCCCAGCAGUUGUCAGGUGCCAGCUAUUUUGCAGUUGGAUUGCAAGGCAAAGCUAUCCCCAGAAACUGUGGCUCCUGCUCAGGACUUGGUCAGUGUGAAGGACCCCAGUGCCUUGUUGCAGAGGGAUAAGUGAUUAAACACUUCUCACACACAGCCACCACACAGGGAGAGCUCUCCCUGUCUCCAUGGAAGCUACAUCUGUCCCCCAGCAACAAAAGUCCCAUGCCAGUGGGAUGACUGCUCUUACCACAGAGGGCUGAUGGGCAUAGGAAGUCCAUUCCAAAGGCACUCAGCAGCCACACGUUAACUUCUUCCUAUGGCCACUUCACCCCUUACAGUCAUUAAACAUCCCAUGCAUUUAUUCACCCCCAUGCUGCAAACCUGAGGUAUGUAUUAAGAAUARUGAAAUAAUUAGAUCAAAAUAAAAACAACUCAUAGUUCAAGACUCCACAAUAUAUUACAUAGAUUAAUUUAUCUUAGAUACAGCUUCCUUGCUAAAAUGCAUUUCUCCCCGCCUCAUAGUUUCACACAUGUUCAUAGUCCUGGUCUUGAAGGUUUGUGGGUUUWCUUCUGUGUUUUUUUCAAAGCUGGGGUCUGGAUUUACACAUCUGAAUCUGUUUAGGUUCUCCAAUAAAAAUUGCUCUGUUAAAACAUUUCUAUCUUGUACUGAGUCAAAAGACUGCUCAAAACACUGGAAACUKAAAUUGUUUUUAUGUAAGACCUCAAAACAUUUGCAGGUGUCUAACUUUGAUG